CAUUAAUUUCCAUUAAACUUAAACUGAUAUAAUUAAUUCAAAUAACAACGAAUAAAUAACUGAAUAAACUUAAAAUAAGUCAGUAACCCUACCCAAAAUUUCUGCAGUGAAGGGUACGUAACGAUGCGUGCUUAUUCUUACAACGUUAUUCCCACCAAAAAAAUUUAUGGUGCGAAAAUUAUUGUAUUUUACUAAUUGAUUAAUUGUAUAUUAUUGUUUAUUGUAUUAUUGAUUAAACAGUGUUAUCCGAAAAAAUUGUUGGUUAUUGCGUUGACAUAUUCUCUGAUUUUAUGGACAUGAUCGUUGUGAAGAAAUGUGUACGAAGCAUGCUUUGUACAGAUCGUUCGAUCAGGAACAUUGAAUAACAAAGAAAUUUGCAUGACGGUUAAAAAUUAAUGAAACAAUUAUUGGUUAAUAAGUUUGCACUAUGCGCGCCUGUAGUAUCCCAUUGCCGCAUCUGGUUUAACUUAUGGCUCGCAAGUAAUUCAACCGGUAAUGAAAGGGAAAAUUAGAAAGGAAAUGGCUAUAGGCACCCCCUUUCACCCCCGUUAUCUAUAGGCACCCCCUUUCGCACCCACUUAGACUAUAGGCACCCCUUUUCGAUUAAUUAAUCUCUGCACCCCGUCGUGUGCGAAAGCUACAGGCACCCCCUAUUGUCCGUUGCUAUGUUUUAAGGUCGAAUUUUGUUGACCUUAGAGAAUUUUCGAGAAAGUCAUUUUAGCACCGGCUCCGGAUCUUUUGCCUGUUCCUUUUGUAAUAUACAUGUGAGUUGCUGCAGGAGAAACAGCUCUGUAAUAACAAUGUCUGACAGUUCUGUAAUAAGUAGCCCAUCCGAAAAUAAUCCACGAUCUGACAAUGACCUGGUUUACCCAACCAAUACCGAAGAAAACGACCUGAAGGACAGUUACCCGGCGUUUUCCGAAUUCGAAGCUGCUUUCAAGCAGUAUCAAAGAGAUACGUUCCAAACAUUCGUAGUCAGGCGAUCUGAAAGCCUGGGAAAAACGCAUCCCAAAGCGGAUACCCUGAAGUACAAAAAGAUCGAAUACGAAUGUGUCCAUCACAAGGACUACGAGAAAAAAGGUCAGGGGGAGAGGAUUUUUACACACAGCCGGAAACAGAAAUGCCCUGCUAUCGUUAAGGUUGCUGCAAGCAUCCGCGAAGCCACGGUGCGCAUUACCAAGAAGGAAGUUGGGCAUAACCAUCCUCUGACCGAAGAAAGAUGGAAAGGCUUGCCGGAGAACAGGCGGUUAAGCACAACCGAAGCCGACAAAGUCGUGUCAAUGCAAAAAUCGUUCGUGCCGACGAAAGCAAUCCAACGCGAAAUGGCAAAACAAACCGGCAAAGCGGUUACCAGCAAGGACAUUAUCAACAUCCGGACCAAGCACGAUAAAGUGGAACGAGGUGGAAGAACAGAAGAGGAGAUGGUCAAUCAUAUCUUAAACGAAAUCCGUAGGAAAGACGCCGGCGUAUUUAUUGACAUCGUGGUGUCGGAUGCCCAAAAGGUCACAAAUAUUACCAUCAUAACUUCAGAAAUGCAAAAGAAUUUCAAUGAGAACUACUCGCUAGCGUUUCUGGACGGCACGUACAAGUUGAAUGUAGAGAAUUACUGCCUGUAUGCCGUGGUUGUUCAAGACCGACAUGGACACGGCCGGCCAGUGGCAUUGGGUUUUAUGUCCUCGGAGAAGGCCGCGCACGUCGAUGCCUUUUUCAACGCUUUUAAAGCAUGUCACAAGACUUAGGGGUUGUUGGAGACUUUUUUUGUUGAUAAGGACUACAACGAGAUCGGAGCGCUCCAACGGCAUUUUCCCAACGCCAGGAUUCUCCUGUGCGUCUGGCAUGUUCUGUCCUAUAUCCGGAAAUACAUGGUGAAACACUGCGGCAACACCAAAGCCCAGGCGUACAACCAUUUCUACAACGCUCUAUAUGCGAAGUCGGAAGCAGAGUUUGAGGAACAGUGGCACGCCCUGGAAGAAGUUCUGCCGGGAGACAUGGUGGAAUACUUACAAAAGAAUUGGUACGACUGCCGGAGAAUGUGGAGCCUCGCAUUCAGACUGGGAUUUCGUCUUGUUGGCAACAACACAAACAACUUUGUGGAGUCAUUUUUCAGAGCCGUCAAGGCAGCCAUUCGCAUGACCCGCCGAACAAGACCACACUUGGCUGAAUGUAUUCGAGUUGUCCAUGAAUUUGCAUGCGAGUCUAUCCAGUCAUCAGAAUACCUUGAAUAUCUGCAUGACACCACAUCACUAAAGAUACAUGCACCUGAACACCAACGACUUUUCGAAGAACUUGGUCACCUGCUGAAUGAUUUUGCCAAUCGUCUUCUGUUCAAACAACUUGCUGUGUUGAAGCGUGUCAGUUACGAGGUGGAAACGGUAAUGGAUGGGACAUAUGUUGUUACCAAUCCAAACAACGAAAAACGGUUCGCGGUGACCGGUCAAGACACACUGGAGUGUGACUGCGACUUCGCCUGUUCAUAUGGUUUAACUUGCCGCCACAUUAUGGCGGUACAUUCAGCACGCAAAGAGCCAGUGGUGAAUCCUCAAGAAUGUAUCGCGCGCUAUGCGCGAGCUAUGAAGACGACGGGCGCACUAUACAAGGGAACCCUUUCGAACGCCGAACAGUUUGAGGACGACGAUCCACCGUUGUCUAAACCGCUGAACGCCCGGCAGAGAUGGGACGAAGCCAGAAAGGUGUGCAAGCCGGUUAUGUCGAGACUUGCAGAACUUCCGCCUAAGCGAUUCGUAACGGCGGCUGCCCGUCUCAGCGAAAUUUUGGUGGACUUUAUCGAAUCACUGGAAACAAACGAUGUUCCUAGCGGGAGCAGCGACGAUGAAACGAGUUCCAAAAGUGACAGCAAUGGCAAGGAAAGCGACGCUCCUCCUGCGCUACCAAGAGACGACAGUGUUCAGCUUUUGCCGCGUAGCUCUCAACUGACCCAGACGGCGGCCACUAAAGGGCGACCACGAGAGCCAUCUGGAAUGCGAGCCAAAAAGUUCAACAAAACCACUGAUGCUCAAACGAAAGUGACCGGAAAGCGCAAAUCCGACAUGCCAACGGCGCCUGGAGAGUUCGGCAAACGAACACGGACAUCUCUCCCAGUGCUGGUAACUGCCGCUCAGCCAAAUCAGCAGGUAAUUGUGAAAGAGGUGAAACCUGGCCAAGACGGUGCUGGAAUUCCAAUCCGCUUUGUACAACACAGAUUUGGUUGACGUUAAGACCGUCGGAAGAAUGUUGUACGAUCGCGUAGUAGGUGCCUUCAGUUACAUAUGCCAGCGGAAGUACCGGAAGCAGUACACCGGCCUCGUUGAUCCCGGCGACAUCGCGAUCUGCAAUCCUUCUUCGCCUGACGUCACCCGAAUUCAGGACGAAGUUGACGCCGGAAUGGCAUGCGCGCAGGUGUUGUAUGGCGGGCAUCAUUUUGUUUUGUCACAUAAGCGACAAGGGGAUCCAUUCGUCACCGUAUACAACAGCCUGGACGCCGCACUUUCGGAGCAUAUCCUCCUUCAGUUAUCCAUGCUCUACGGACGCGAAACGCGUGAUGUGAACAUUAGGCUUCCGGUUGUGCAGCGCCAGUUGCCUGGCACGAAUCAAUGCGGGCCAAUGGUCUGCGCUUGGCAGUGUGAAGUUGUUCAAGGGCACAGGCCAGAGAACGCAAUUUUCACAAAGCUGCCACCCACCGUGCAUGGCUAGCAGAGGUUUUAGAAACUGAAAUCUUGCUAAGAUGCCCUAAACGCGUUGGACGGAAACCAGCAAACGAGCAAACCAUCCAAAAGGGCGAUAUUGUCGUGCGCGUGGAAGAUGCCGUGCGCAUUCGAUCUAUGCUGGCCGAUCAGCCAAACCGGCCAAUUGUCGGAUGGAGUGCCUAACACACCUUUUAAUGUUGAAUGGGUGACCUAAUCAUGUCAGAAUGUCAGAUCGUCAAAAAAUGUUGUGAAACAAAAAGACUGUUAGAACAUUGUUAUCAGUCUUCUGCGAAAAAAAUAAAAAUGGGUGCCUAUAGUCCGCGGAAAAAAACGGGGUGUGAGAAUUAUCUAAUGGAAAAGGGGUGCCUAUAGUAAAACAGGGUGCAAAUGGGGGUGCCUAUAGCAAACGGGGGUGAAAGGGGUGCCUAUAGUCUCACCCAAUUAGAAAAUUCCUGUUUGAGUAUUUUGGACUGUUUGAUAAUGCCAGAAUAAUAAAAAUAAUAAAGCAGUGGAGUUUAUUGUAUACGCCGGGUAGUAGCGUGUUAUU